AUGUUCUGGCGCUUCGGCUUCUCCUCGGCCUCGACGCUCGACUCGCUGCUCGAGCGGCCAAACGUGACGCUCGAGGAGGUGCUCGACGAGGAGGACCUGCUGCAGGAGUGCAAGAACCAGAAUGCAAAGCUCGUCUCCUUUCUCACGCAGCCGCGCGUCCUCGGCCGCCUGCUCGAGCAUGUCGUCGGCACGGCCGAGGUCGGUGGCGGCAGUGGCCGGGAUUGGGAGGAGAAGGUGCGCUUCAAGUACCCCUACCUCGCGUCCGAGGUGCUUUGCAGCGACGUCUGGGCCGUCGUCGAGACGGUGCUGGAGCACAAGGAAGAGCUGCUCGAGCCGUUCUGGAACACGAUACUCACUGCGCGGCCGCAGCCGAAUCAGCCGGCCGUACCACAGCACAUGCAUCCUCUCUUUGCCGAUCCGGCGGACAGCGCCAAGCUCGGCGUGGCAAACGCGGCAGGUGCCUCUGCCGCUGCUGAGACGACCCAGGAGUCAGCCGAAUCAGACGGCAUGGAGAGCGCAGACGCGGGCGUACUGGGCCUCGACACGUCGUCUGGGCAGUCGGAGGGCCACAGCUUCACGACGGCGAGGGAGAAUGGGCCGGGCCGCAGCGUGCUGGCCGGCUACUGGGCCAAGGUCAAUGGCGUGUUCUUGGACAAGAAGCCUUUGCAGAUGCUCGACUUCGUUCGCGGCCUGCCGUGCAUCACUGAGCGCUUCGUGGCGCACCUCGAGACGCCGGCCGUCGUCGACCUGCUCUAUCGCAUCGUGCAGUGCGACGAGUCUGUUCCCGCUGCGGGCGUGAUCGAGUGGCUGUCUGAGCGUCAGCUCAUCCCCAAGCUCGUCGAGCUGCUGGCGCCGUGUUACUCUGCCGACCUGCACAACACUACCUCGGAGCUGCUCAAGGCCAUCAUCGCCCUCUCCGCGCCUGCGACGGCGACGCUUAAUCAGGCGCCGCAGAGCGAUGCCUAUGGUGGCUACUCGGGCGAAGGGCAGCAGCAGCAACAGCAGCUGAGCUGCAUGAACAACCGCCUCGUGCGCGAGUUGGCCAGCGAGGCCAUGGUACGCAAGAUGGUCGGCUUCAUGCUCGACGACUCGCUGCCAUCGCAGCUGCAUCGGAGACUGUCAGUCGCAGCCGACGAGCAGCUUGCGGCCCAGGACGCCAAGGCUGCCACAUCGAAGCCUGCGACUGCUGGCAAGUCGCAGACGCUCAACUCGCUGAGCGAGGCAGAGAACGGCGCCGCAGGCAGCGAGUCUGCACUGGACGACGAGGAGGCAGAUGCGGCGGAGCUCAAGCGCAAGGGCGCGCGCACGCCGCUCACGCCCGCUGACCACCCCGCGAUCGGUGCGGGGCCGGGUCGGCACGACUCGACCUCGACGUUGCGGCCCAGCACCUUCCCGCCCGUCAGCGCGCCGACUGUGCCCGUCACGUCCGACACGUGCACCUCGUCGCUCGUGACGUGCAUCGGCGUCUUCAUCGAGCUGAUCCGCAAGAACAACUCGGACUACUUUGAGCAGCACCUCUUCCAUACGCUGCGCACGCACCUGCUGCAGCGCCAGCAGGAGAUUGCCGAGGCGCGCGCGCAGAAGCGCGCCGCCGAGGCUGCGGACACCAGCUCGAGCACUGCCACGCCAGACGGCGACCAGAGCUGGCAGCAGGGCGAGGACGAGGACAUGGAAGGCAUGGAGGAGGCCAUGGCCGAGCUCUCGGACAAGCUGGGCAUCGUGCAGCUCGGCCCGCUGCUGCGCGUGCUGUGCGAGCGCCUCUCCGACUUUCAGGAGCUCGUGCAGCGCCCGCGCGCCUCUGCGGCGCCACUGUCCACGACGCUGGGCCCCAUCAGCGCGCUGACGUUCGAGCGGUACCGCAUCACGGAGCUCUACGCUGAGCUGCUGCACUGCUCCAACAUGGCGCUGCUCAACCGCGCGCCCGGCGAGGGGCCCGUCUACUCGGAGGACGGCGUGCUGACGGGCGGCAUUGAGGGCCUGCAGAUCCUCGCGCGCAUGCUGCACGGCGGCGAUGCGGGCUCGGAGACUGCCGGCGACACGACGCGCGGCACACUCAACGCCAGCGCUCCAGGCUCUACGAGUGGCGCGGCCGACGAGUCGAUGGACGUCUCGGCGGGCAGUGCCGACGCCGUCGAGUCAGCAGCGGGAGAGAAUGGCGCCAACACGCCUGCCUCCCUCUCAGUCGGCAACUCGGCCCCCUCUAGCCGCGCACACUCCCGCGAAGCCACCCGGCAUCGCCGCGAGGAGUCGUCGACCACAGACGGCUCCUCGAACAGCGAAGACGCGGACGCUGCCGAUGAGAAGGACCCCUUCGCGGAUGAGGACGGCGAGGCAGCCAGCAGCGACGCAGCACCUGCCUCGACGGACCAGUCGGCGAGCUCUACGGACACCGUCGUUGACGCACCGGCAGCGGCCGAGCCAUUGAUCACCGAGGCGCAGAGCGCGGCGCAUGCUGCAGAGGUGGCUGCGCCCGUACCCGAGGCAGAUGCAGACGAGGCGCAGACCAUCCGCUCUGCCCUGUCUGGCCUCUCGCUGGCCGAGCUGACGUCGCCCGCGCCGUCUGGCCCGCCGUCGCCCAUCGACGACGCACGGCAGUACGUCGUGGGCGACCUGCUGAAGAAGCGCUUCUUGGAGAGCGGCAUCAUCCCGACGAUCCUCACGCUCUUCUUCGAGUAUCCGUGGAACAAUUUCCUGCACAACGUCGUGUACGACAUCCUGCAGCAGUUCUUCAACGGGCGGAUGGACACGGGCCUCAACCGCCGGCUGGCCAUUGCUGUGUUCGAGAGCGGCAAGCUGACGGACCGGAUAGUGGCGGGGCACCGCGCCAACGAGGCGUCGCUCGAGGGGCCACGGCGCAUCCGGCUCGGCUACAUGGGCCACAUGAAUCUGAUAGCAGAGGAGACCGUCAAGCUGCUCGAGCGGUAUCCGCAGGAGGUGGCCGCCGUCGUGGCCGACUCGAUCACGCAGCCCGACUGGGACAACUUCGUCAACGAGACGCUGCGCGAGGCGCGCGAGCGCGAGGCUGCGCCCCUGGCCGGCGGACGUCCAGCUGCGGGCCGGGCGCUCAACUUUGCCUCGCAGGGAGACGGAGACGUUGCCUCGUCAAGCGACGACAACGACCAAUUCGCAAACUACCUGUCGUCGCAGAUGGGCGCGGGCGGCGUGGCCGGCUCCGACGACGACGACUCGGACGAGGACGCGAGCUAUCUGUCGCAGGACAUCCAGGGCUCCGCGCGCAGCCAGGCCAACGGCGCAGGCGGCGGCUUUGACGAUGCAUUCGAGCCGCCGCGCGGCUCAGGCGGCGUCGGCUCAUCUGGCUCGCAGGACGACGACGACUGGGGGCCCUUCUCCGACUCUGGCGGCGGAGACUUCGACUUUGCCGCCGAGGCGUCGAGCAGCGCCUCGGCCUACACGCAGCAGCCCAACCUCACGCCGGCCGAUUGGGCGGCCGACUUUGACCGCACGGCGCGCGAGCAGCACCAGCAGGCCUCGAGCGAGGGCGAGGGCAGCGACGCCGGCGACUCUGCAUCCGAGGAGGCCAGCAGCAGCAGCAGCGAUGCCGGCGGGCGCACGCCCACGGCCGAGACGGCGCCGAGCGGCGGCCUGGGCGGCAUCCUCGACAGUGCGCCGUCGACGAGCGACGUGGUGGCCUCUGCGCACGCGCGGCGGCCCAGUCUCGGGCAGAGCGAGGCGCCGGCUUCCUCUGUGCGGCGGCGAGCAUCGUCGGGUGCCGGCUCGGCCGAGGCACGGCAGGCACUGCGCGACGAGGAGCCGCUGGGGCCGGGCGUCAGCGCAGAUGUGCGCCGCAGCGAGGAGUCGGGCAUGCUGGAGCGCAACGUCGACGGCCAGACGAUCACGGUGCCGCUCGACGAGGUGGCGCUGAGCAGCGCGGCCGAGAGCGCGGAGAACGAGAGCGCCGUGGUGGACUAG